CCAUUUUCCUUUGAGGAGGUGGCUGUGCAUUUCACUGUGGCAGAGUGGGGCCUGUUGGAUCUGGGCCAAAAAGCUCUCUACAGGGAAGUCAUGCUGGAGAACUAUGGGAGCGUGGCUUUUCUGGCCAUGAAUGUAAGAGACACUGCAGAGGAGACAGACAAAGGCCUUGCAUCUGAGGAAUGCAUGCAGAGUUUCUUCAGAAGAUCUCAAGAGACUAUUUCCUUCCCAAAUGAACUGGCUGCAGCAGGAGAUGAUCAGAGGAAUGAGGAGGAUGAGGAACUGCAUCAUCUAUUGCCUGAUGAAGUCAAGAAGGAAGAUGUGAGAAGAAAUGUCAGGAUUCAAAGCAGACUAAAGAGCCAGAAAGUCAGUCGCAGGGUGAAGAAGAGGGAUAAAUUCAUUCCUUGCCAGGGGGUGGAUUUCCAAGAAGUAAUUCCCAUGUUGGAGGAAACAUACAAGUGCUUGGAGUGUGGAAUGAACUUCUCAGAUCAAACCCAAUAUAAAGUCCAUUUCGGAAUGCACAGUGGAAAGAAGACCCAUCAUAGUCUGGACUGUGGAAAGGCCAUGAUUCCCAGAGCAGGGUUCCUUAGGCAUCUAAGAACACAUACAGGAGAUAAGCCUUAUAGCUGCUCAGGCUGUGCCAAGAGCUUCUCAGAGAAAUCAGUCCUUGUUCAAUACCAAAGAAUUCAUUCAAGAGAGAAGCCCUUUAUCUGUUCAGAAACUGGAAUGAUCUUGGAUGGAAGAAAGGGUAAUAAACAUUUUUCAAAGCACUGUAUAAUGAAGACAUUUAAAUGCUUUUGGUGUGGAAAGUAUUUCAGAUACAAAUCACAGCUUUGUGCUCACCAAAGGAUUCACAUAGGGGAGAAACCUUUAAAGUGCUCAGAGUGUGGAAAGAAAUUCAAUCAGAGUUUCCUUCUUAAACAGCAUCAAAAAACCCAUACAGAGAAGCCUUCUGAAAGCUCACUGUGUGAGAAGAGAUUCAGUUUGAGUGGCCAUCUUCAAAAGCUUCAAAGAACCCACACAGGGGAGAAGCCUUUUGAAUGCUCAGAGUGUGGGAAGAGAUUCAGUCGCAGUGGCCAUCUUCAAACUCAUCUAAGAACCCACACAGGGGAGAAGCCUUUUGGAUGCUCAGACUGUGGGAAGAGGUUCAGUCAGAGUGGUGAUCUUCAAACACAUAUAAGAACUCACACAGGGGAGAAGCCUUUUGGAUGCUCAAAGUGUGGGAAGAGAUUCAGUGGCAGUAGCAGUCUUCAAAAACAUCUACAAACCCACACAGGGGAGAAGCCUUUUGAAUGUUCAGAGUGUGGAAAGAGAUUCAGUCGCAGUGACCAUCUUCAAACUCAUCGAAGAACCCACACAGGGGAGAAGGCUUUUGAAUGUUCAGAGUGUGGGAAGAGAUUCAGUCGCAGUGGCCAUCUUCAAACUCAUCUAAGAACCCACACAGGGGAGAAGCCUUUUGGAUGCUCAGACUGUGGGAAGAGGUUCAGUCAGAGUAGCAGUCUUCAAAAACACCUACGAACCCACACUGGAGAGAAGCCUUUUGAAUGCUCAGAGUGUGGGAAGAGGUUCAGUCAGAGUGGCAGUCUUCAAAAACAUCUACGAACGCACACAGGAGAGAAGCCUUUUGGAUGCUCAGUGUGUGGGAAGAGAUUCAGUGUCAGUAGCAGUCUUCAAAAUCUUUGA